AUGGGCACUGUUGUUGAUGCUGCAAUCAAGGAAGUAAAUGGAAGCUCGCACAAAGACAAGAAGGUGACUGUUGUUUUUGUUCUGGGUGGGCCAGGCAGCGGUAAGGGCACUCAGUGUGCAAAUAUUGUUGAAAACUUUGGCUAUACUCAUCUCAGUGCAGGUGAUCUUCUCCGAGCCGAGAUAAAAUCUGGUUCCGAAAAUGGCACAAUGAUUCAGAAUAUGAUUAAGGAGGGAAAAAUCGUGCCUUCAGAGGUCACAAUUAACCUUCUCCAACGAGCAAUAGAGGAACAUGACAACAAUAAGUUUCUCAUUGAUGGUUUUCCCCGCAAUGAGGAGAACCGUGCAGCAUUCGAGACUGUGACUGGGAUUGAGCCAGAAUUUGUACUUUUCUUUGAUUGUCCAGAGGAGGAAAUGGAGAGGCGGCUGUUGAGUAGGAACCAGGGUAGAGAAGAUGAUAACAUAGAUACAAUAAGAAAGAGAUUUAAGGUGUACAUGGACUCUAGUCUACCUGUUGUUGAAUAUUACAACGCGAAAGGGAAGGUCCGCAAGAUUAAUGCUGCAAGACCAGUUGAAGAAGUCUUUGAGGCUGUAAAAGCAGUUUUCUCCUCACCCACUGGCAAGGCUGCUGCUUAA